AUGGCCGAACUCACAACUUUGGAGGCGCUUCAGGCGUUCCACCAAGAAAUUGUUGCUUUGAACGAGGGUCAUGGUGACGGAAGUCUCGACAACGAAUUCCUUGUCGCCAACUUCGAGCGCGAGCUCGAGCGCGUGUGGGAGCGCCCAAAAAGCAGCGAAGAGAGCAGAAAAUCGAUCACAUCUGGUAAAAUCGUUCUGGACGGGAAUGAGUUUUCUAUCAACGAAACUUUCCAGCAGGACGCGCUGAUACUCUCCGACGAGCUUCAAGUCGAAGAACUUGACGCAGCGCGCCUCCUUCUCGACUCGCAAAAUGACAUCUCGACACUCGGUCGGUCGCUUCUCGAAUGCGGUAUCAUUCGUUUCCAUCAGCAGAGAAAGUAUGCGCUUGACAUUGUACGCCUUCUUUUCGAGAUCGACUGCUCCGAAAGCGACGACGAAGAGUCAACCGCCCUCGAUGGCAUAAAGUCCUAUGUCGAAGCAAGAAUGCUCCAGACAAGCACAACAGGUCAAAAGCGCAACAUCCCGCGAUACAUGGCUGCCAUGUCCGAGAUAAAAAACUCGCUACAACGGCUGGGUGACAAACUGGCAGCUGCCCAGGCAUUGGGCCAGACUAGAGAUUCCAUGUCCGAGGAGAUGGAGACUGUGGAGUUCUCACGCAUCAGUUUGAUACAGCAGCAUGAGCUGUUGGGUGUCAUCCUCUGCCGCUCCAUUUCGAAGAGGCAAGCGGAAACCGCUGACUUCUUGAACUUUGUCGGCGUCUUGAAGCGUGCAGACAAAUACGACUGCCUGCUGGUACAUUUACUGCCGGCUCUCGGUGCAUACAUUGCCAUAUUUGGAUCUCCAGACGGCGGCAUGGAUCUGACACGGGUCAAGGACAUCCACUCCAAGCUGUUUGCCGCCGUUGAUGACUCGGCUUGGCCCCUGCCGUGUCUUCAAGCUGCAUUCAAAACCUGGUGGCUAGCAGAGUAUACAGGCUACUGGAUUGACGAACCGUCAAGCGUAGCUACAUCUGAUCUGGUCAAGGGAGACCGCGAAAGAACAAAAUCUUUCGUGGAUGCGCUAAAAGAUGGCGCAUUUGACUUUCUUUUAACAGCGGUGACAGAUGUCCGCGCACCAGACUGGCACGAUCCCGUCCGAACAGGCAUGCGCAAAUGGCUACAGCGAAAGACAACGCCACUGGCGACCGAUACUGUUCAAUUCUCUGACUUUUUCCAACUUCGAUUCAUGUCACAACUGGAACUCUUCAUUGAUGCUUUCAUUACCAAUAUGCCUGAUGUUCUACGAAAAUUACGUGUGGAAGAAGAUGAGCAACGCCAGCUCAGUCAAGCUCAUGAGCAAGAUCUUGACUUGGAGCGCUUUAUACUGAUAAUCACAUACGUCUACGAACGUCGUCCUGAUGCUGCAGCUGCUUUUUGGUCAGAUCCGGAUAGCAACCUGGCCGGUUUCAUGCACUGGGCAUCACGGCGCGCAUCAACACCGUUGGUUGCUGCAUUUUGUGAAAUGCUGCAAGCAAUUUCGGAAAAUGACGAUUAUGCUACAGCGGCUCAUGAAUUCCUAUUAGAUGAGGGCCAUCAUUCUUCCGGAAAAAUGCGACGGGCACAGUCGUUGACAUGGACGCAAAUCUUCCAUGAGCUCGAAUUCUUCUCCGAAAAGGUCAAGCAGAAACCAACUGCCACACCCACGACACGGUACCGAAACACGAAACCAAGUGCAGAUGUGGUGGAGACGGAACCCGAAUCGGCAAUGAUGCUGGAGUGCUACCUUCGUCUUAUGGCGAAGCUGGCUUCCGAAAGCGAGACUGCACGACAAUUUCUGCUACGGGGGAAUGGUGGUCAGCUUAGCGACACCUUAUUUGACCUUGCCAGUAGUCAAAUACCUUCGCGGCUACGCGGCUGUAUAUUCAUGGCAUUUAAAGCCAUGAUGACACGGAAGACUUUGGAGGAAAGCAACAUCAUGUGGCUAUGCCUGGACAACUGGUGUACCGGCGGGUAUUCUCAGCCUCCCACACAUAUCACUGGAUCCCUGCGACAGGGGCAAACACAGCCUCCCGUCUCCAUGGAUCGCAUUUUGGAUGAGAUGAGCAACGGUUUCGACGAGCCAGAAGCCUUCACGAAGCUUUUAUUAGCUCUGGUAUCACCUGCAGUUGAUAGCAGUCCGUUGAAUGACUCACUUCCAUUUGGCGAAUCUCUCGGAACAUCUGCUCGACUAUCUGGUGUUGAGGCUUACAUUGACUUCGUUGUUGGCCAAGUGUUCGCUACCAAGGCGCAAGAUCUUCAGGACAUUCAUCAAAUGCGGGUUCUACGAUUAACGUGCCUUGAAUUCAUGUUGACCUGCCUGACUACAUUCAACGAAGACCUGAUCAUCAUGGCCAACAAAACCAAUCUUGCGAUUGAUUCUUCUAUCGCAACUUCUGACUUGGCAACAUAUGUUACAAAGCAUCCAUUUGGCAGAGUGAUGGAGUGGAUGUACAGCGACAAAGUUAUGACAGCGCUCUUCAAUGUUGUCCAUCAAGCUCCCCUGGACGUGGGCAACGCUGCCCCUGACUCGCCACUCAUUCUCGGUAUUCUGCGGGCCGUCGAACUUAUUGCCAAGAUCAUGGAUCUCGAAACUACAUAUCUGGAUUUGGUGCGACCAUUGAUUAAAAAGAGCAAUGACCAACGCCAACCAGUUGUGAAUACACCAUACUCGUCCUUUGCGGAUGGACUUGUUACGAGGCUUAGCUUGGUGGUGGACCUUGGCAACUACUGCGGCAUUGGUCAUCCUGAUCUUACGCUCGCAUGCCUACAGCUUCUCGGUAAGAUGUCGUCUUGUCCUCGAAUCGCAGCGGAGUGGUCUGGUUCCACUAGAAGUGGUCACAGAAAUAAGGCUGUCGUGGCGAUGGAAGCCAACGGCGAGUACGAAGCCAUAUCAAGAGCUUUCGUCUCCGAGCUCAAAACCCCUCUAGAACCUGGCCGUGAGGCUCAAUCAGCAAACUAUGUCACGAAGUGCUACGUUCUCGACUUUCUCUACCAGUGUUUGCAAGAGACUCCGAAACGGCCAACGAUUGCUCAUUUGCUUCUGGGAUUCAAAUGUGGUGUCGACUCUUUGUCGAUUGGAUCCGACACCGCAUUUUCCGAUGGGUCGUCAUUGUUUCACAGCCUUCUGGCACUAUUGCUGGAUCUGCCGUCUGCAGAUCCUCAAGGCAUGAGAUGGUGGCUUAUUUCUAUCAAGUACAGAGUGAUGCGCAUAUUUCAGUUACUUUGGAACUCGCCCCUGUCAUCGAAGCUUGUCAUACAGGAGCUACGAGAUAAUGACUUCUUUUUCCAUUUACUUAUUCGCGAGACUGUUAUUCAACCUAAUAUGCCGUGGGAAGGACAGGAUGUGGCUGCGCCUUGCUUCCCGCUGACUGAAGGAGCUGCGGCAUUGUCAGACUUUCUGGUAUUGAGGCGGAUGGUAAUGGAAUACUUUGCGAUGGAGCUGUGCAUGAUUUCCCAAGGUCGGAUGCCGAGCGUCAAACGACGUAUUUUCGAGGCCCUCAAUGGCCAGGUACUCAGCGAUGACCAGCGCAUUGAGACGCCGACCAUCUUUGAUUUGUACGAUUUCCUAUUACCGUCUGAUUUUUGGCAGAUGCCUAAGCCCCGACUAGAUUUUUACCAGGAUCUUGACGUCUCCAUUUGCUUGGAGGAUGACGGAGACGGUAACGGCAUACACAAUCUCGAGCGAGUUAAGGAAAUACUGCUGAUCAAGCGAAAUGAGAAGAGCCAGAGCAAGUUCAAGGAGGCACUGGCGACAAUGCAGAGUCUCGCGGCGGUCGAUAAGGAAGAGAUAGGGAUCCUAGAGUACCUAGCCUCGACUGAUCGUCAGGAGCAGCUCAAACGACAGAGCUUGCAAGUGCUCAAGUCCUGGACUAAGCUACUGCUUAUCAUGGUGGAAUGCAACGACUUUGAUGGAACGGCUCGCACAUCGUUCUUCUUACAGACUCUGCAAGCUAUCCUCCCUAGCCUGGAGAUAUUCGCCUCUGACCGUCCCGUUGAAGCCAUGGAUCUCGCCAAGCUCGCGAGAAUUCUGCUGUCGCGCCUGGACCUGAAGGAAUCAAGCACGACCGACAAGCAAGGCAAGGCCAUUGGCAACCUCAUUCACGACAAACUAUUCCAGCUUUUUCAAAUAUGCCUGCAAGCCAUCAGCAAGUGGGCAGGGUCGCACGAGCUGCGCGCCGUCUACUACGAGAUUUGCUACCGAUACCUGACUGGAGCGCCCGACGAGACGAGGCGCAGCUUCAACAUGCAAAUCAUCAAGACGGUGCAGGUGUACGGCGAGCGGCUCAUCAACGCCAUGUGCGACGACGCCUUUUGCGGUGAGCCGAGCAGCCAGGCGGCAGCGUACAUUCUGCUCAACGCGCUCGUUAGCGUGGGCCGGCAGGAAGACGACGACCCUGUGGUAGACAUGCUGAACCGUCUCAACUUUAUCGGUAUCACGGUGGACACGCUACGCAGCAUCAUGACGGACUGGCAGGCCGUAUUUACGCAGGGCAGCGCCGGCGGCUCCCGGACGGACCAACGCAACCACCUCGAGGCCAAGCUGGCGCUGCUGCUGCAGCUGGCGCAGACGCGUGCCGGCGCGCAGUACGUGCUCCACGCCAGCAUCUUGCGCGUCGUCGAGCAGUCGGGCCUCUUCGCCGCCGACCCGGAGCUGCAGCUACGCGCGGACAACGGGCGCGCGCUCGAGCAGCACUACGACCUUCUAGCCAGGGUGGUGCGCAUCAUCGGCGCCGCGCUGCUGAGUCGCGGCAGCCACAGCGUCGCCCAGGGCCGCAAGUUCCUCGACGAGCACCGCAUGCUCGUAGCGCACACGCUCAAGCGCAGCGCGGGCAUCGGCGCGCAUGGGGCGAGCGACGGCGAGGCGCUCGAGGAAAAGGUGGAGGAGCUGGCGGACGCGUUUAUGGUGGUGAUUGCCGCCACGGGGUUUAUCGAGUUUGACAAUGAGGCGAUUCCAGAGCCAAAGACUGCGCGCAAACUAUUCCAUUGA